UUGUAUUCAUCAAUGUUAUUUUGACACGUCAUUUGUAGGUUAGAAGUCGAAGGAGUGUAAUGUUUAUUUUGGUGUUUUUGGUACUCUAACAGCGAUAAAAUGUUCAAAAAACUAAAAGAUAAAAUCACGGAGGACCUGAAAAGUUCGCCGCAACGUUUCCAACAGCUCACGCAGUCGGUGAGCGAUCGAUUGAGCACGUCCACAAACGACGAGAAUUUCUUUUCGAUAGGCGACGACGAUGCGAACAUGUCGACGAACAGUGCCGAGGCGGGAUUCUCCAGUCUGUCUCUGGUCUCGCCCUCGGAGCCCAGAAUCAGGCGGACUUCCAACUCUUCUAUGGCCAGUGACGUCUCGUUUUUGCCACGAUACGAAUCGUCUGCCAUGUAUCAGUUGCAGUCUGAUUUGGACGUGUCGGCCAGCGAGGUUGAAGACAAUGUGUCCACUUCGUCACAGUUGGGGCACUUGUCCAAAGAGCAGAUUUAUUCGGCGUUUCAGAAGGCACAAAUGAGGUAUCAUAAAUACAGAGGGAGGUACACUGAUUUAGCUAAACAUUAUAAGGAUUUGGAAAGAGAGAAUGGCAAAAUGAAGUCAGUUUUGGUGGAAACCCAAGACAAGGCGAUACGUCGAGUGCGUGAGUUGAAGGAGCAGUGCUCCCUGGAACAAAAAGCCAAGGCACAUCUGGAGGGCGUGUUGCGGGACGAAUUGGACGAAAAGCAAUUCAAAAUCCAAACGUUAGAAACGAAAAUCGGACUGCUGAGUAGCCAAAGCGGCGCCGACACUUUGGUGGACCUGCAGAACGACAACGACAAGGAAAAUCUGGACACCUUAACCAAAUACCUGAACGACGCCCGCCAGGAAAUCGAAUCGUUAAACUCUAAACUGCAGGAGUACAAGGCCAACUCCAUAGUGUUUCAAAGCAAGGAGCAGGAGUAUAAGAAGAAAAUCACCGGGCUGGAGAACGAACUGUCCAAGUUUUCCGAAAGGGAGAAGGAGAACAACCUAAAGCUGGCGCAGAACAAGAUGGAGCUGCACAACGAGAUCCUGAACAAGGAUGCCGAAAUUUUGAACAUGAAAAAGGACCUGGAGGUGCUGCGGAAGAGCCUGGAGGCGUACGAGACGCAGACGCACACGUCCAAAGUGGAGAACUUGCAGGCUCAGAACACGAAGCUCAUCGAACGGGUCGAAGCUUUGACUCAAAGAUCCAACAAUUUGGAAAGUGAGCUGCUGAAGGUCGAACAAUACAAGCUGGAGAUCCGGAAUUUGAACAGCACAGUGCAAGAUUUGAAAUCGUCGUUGAAGACUAAAGAGGACGCUCUUAAAGAACUGAAUGAAAAGUUGGCCACAGCCGGAGGCGAAGACGACAAACUGAACAAAGACAGGGAGAACUUGCAUGCUGGACUCCAAACUUUCAGGAUGCAAGUGAACUAUUUAAACAAGGAGAAAGAAAUGCUUAAGGAGACAAUCAGCAAGGAAAAAGCAGAUUACGAGAGACAAAUUGCUGAGAUUAGGGAAAGCACUAAAAUAGUCCUGGUCUCUUUAGAAAGGAAACUGACGGAGAAGAUUACCAGUGAGUUUGCAGCUAAAGAAGACAAACUAAAGGAAGACUUCAAACAGAAAUUAAACGAACUGAACACAAACGGAGCCAACGUGAAGGAAAUCCAGAUGAAGCUGAUGGAGAAGGAGUCCCAGCUGCAAAAACUGAACGAGGACCUAACGAGCAGUGAAACAGAUCGAAUUUCAAAGGAGAACUUGUACAAGAACUUGGAGAAAAACCAUUUGGAGUUGAUUGAGGACUGCACCAAACUCAGGAGCACCGUGGCAACGUUAGAAAAAGAACUUUCGGACAUCAGAAACGACAACUCGGAGACCCAGAAGAAAAUAAUCCGAAUGCAGUCAAACAUUUCCACCCUAGAGGCUGAUUUAAAUGAAGCCAGAGAACAGCUACAACAAAAAGACGAGGAGUGCAUGUCGAUACAAAAAGAGAAAGUGCACCUGGAUGAGCAGCUAAAACUGGCAGCACAAAAAGAUGAGUUGCAGUCUCUGGAAGUAACUGAGAGUCGACUCUUGGAAAUGAAGCUGUCGAAGCUGGAAGAAGAUAACGAGAAACUAAAGAGGAAACUGGACGAGGAGUUCACGAGAAACAGCCAGCUGGACCUGGAGAUCGGCAAGAUGAAGUCCCUAGUCGAAGACCACGGACGGUUGAGUCAAAAGCUGCCCGAAUUGGAGCUGGAGAUCGACAAGCUGAAGGACUGCAAGAGCGACUUGAGGGAGGAGCUGGCCCAGGCCCAAAAAACGGUCGGAGAAUUAAACAAAACGUUGGAGGAGAAGCGGAAGGUGGAAGACGACUAUGUCAACCUUAAGUCGGCCAGUGAAAAGUACGGUGACAAAAUUAAAACCCUAGAAAACGACUUGGAGGAGACCAGGAAGAUGCUGAUGGAGAAAGAGCGGGAGUGUAUGUCGAUAGAAAACGAAAGGACGCACCUGGCGGAGCAACUUAAGCUGCAAGAGGAGAAGGGUGAGCUGGAUGCUUUGGAACACUCAGAGUGUAAACUGUUGGAAUUGAAAUUAACAAAAAUGGAAGAGCAAAUCGUCGAUCUGAACGAACGUUUGGACGUGGAACGUAGAAACAACGAAAAUUUGACGGAACAACUUAAGGAAUCGAAGAAACUAGUGCAAGAAUAUAAUAUAUACAAAGAUAGGGUGCCAGAAUUGGAGUUUGAAAUCACUAAGCUGUCGGACCAAAAGCAAGAACUGGAUGACAGGUUGAAGGCUGCUGAGGAGAGAAAUCAUGAGUAUGUGAAAGCUGCCACUGAAAAAGAGGCUUUAGAAGAAGUUAUUAAAGAGUUGGAGCAAGAGAGGGCCAAACUGGUGGAUAGCUUCGAGCAUGAAAGGAAGCUGUUCAACCAAACGCAUGAGCAGAACGUUGCCAACGAACUGAAGCUGGAAAAACUGCUGGAGGAAAACAUCAACAUGUCCAAGGAUAAAGACACCAUAAACAAAUUGAACGAAGAGCUGCAACGGCAACAACAAGAACGGGACAAGGACUCCCGAACCAUCACAGACUUAAGGAACAAGGUGGAAAGUCUAACGGUCUUCAACGAAGCCCUGGACAAGGAGAUCAAGGACAGGAAUGCCGAAGUAACAGACAUGAACAAGAAAAUCGAGGAGCUGAGCUCGGUCAUCAAGAAACAAACAGAGGAGUUCGCCAGUCUGUUGGACAGAAGCAAUCAGUUGGACGUCAUCAUAGAAAAGAUGCAGGUGGACAACUCAAAUGCCUUGAGGAAGGAGAAGGCGGUGCAAAACGAACUGUCACAAAAAAUUGAGGCGUGCCAAAACGAGGUGUCCGCCAAAACUGAAGAGAUCAAACUGCUCCAGUCGAAGAUCAGCGAUUUGGAGCAGCUGAACAACGUCGACAAAGAAAAUUUGAAGACUUUAGAAGACAGGAACAGAGAGUUGCAGGAACGAUUGACGAAAUUGGAGGCGAUGGAAGAGAGCUUCAAAAUGAUUGGGGAGGAGAAGCAAGUGGUGGAAAAUGAGUUGACCAGACUGAAAAUUAUGGAAAGUAGCUUUGUUAAACUAAAAGAAGACAACCAGUUAAUAAGCGCACAACUAGACAACAUUAUGAAGGAAAAACAGGAGUUAACAACGGGGAAACAAACCCUGACGGAGAACUACAACUUACUCAAAGUCAACUUGGACGAAGUCACAAGCGAAAGGGAUGAUCUACAAAGGAAGCUGCAGCAACUCAAGACCCAAAUGGAGGAAAACGCCGCCAGUGGAUUAGAGAAGGCUACGAAAGAAAUCCAGGAGUUGAACCUGCGUAUCAAUCAACUGUCAUCAGACAACAAUCACGUGAACGACGAAAACCAAGAACUGUUAAGCCAAGUGGAGGAACUGAAGGUCAACAAUGAAUACCUGCGCACUGAACAACUCAAAAUCGACAGCCUGAAGGCGGAGUACGAAGAAAGGAACAGGAAACUCAAGGAGGAACUGGAGGAAGCCACCGGAAAAAUAUCGGAAGCCCAACGCCAGAACCUGGAGCUGGCCAACAGCAAAACAAUAACGAACGAAACCGACAUAAUGAAGAUACAGCAAGACUGCUACGAAAUAAAGGAAAAGUGCGACAACCUGUUCAUCGAGAACAAAAAUCUGAAGCUGGAGAUCGGCAAUUUAGAGGAGAAGUGCAACAACUUCGCCGGCAUAAAACGCAAGUACGAGACGCAGAUCGCCGAGCUGGAGCACCAGUACAACGAGCUGGUGCACGAGAAACAGCUGCUGCAGGACGAGGUGCAGGAACUGAAGAUCUCGCCCCUGAACCUGCAGAACAACUCGACGCGUCUGGACAACUUGGAGAUAAUCAAGCAGGAGAAGGCCUUCCAGGCCGGCUCCAAUAACGACAAGUACGUGAAGGAGAUCGACAGUCUGAGGGACAAGCUGACCCAGUACAAAUCCUUGGACAUCACCAACAAGAGCUCCAUAGAGUUCUACGAGAACGAGCUGCAGAAAAUGAAGAACAAGAACGAGAAGCUGAGCAGGAAGCUGGACGAGACUUUGGUCACGUUGAACCACUGCGCCGAGCUCAGCCAGUCGACCGAAAUCGAGUACUUGAAGAAUGUGCUGUACAAUUACAUGCUGGGGAAGGAGAGCAUGGUUUUGGCGAGGGUCAUUGCGGCUGUGUGCAAGUUCGACCCGCAACAAACUGAGAAUAUUUUACAGAAGGAACAGCAGAAACAAACUUUGCUGGGGCAACUAGGAAUUCUCUAACAAAACGUAGUGAUAAUAAACACUUUGGGUUAACUGCAGGAAACAUGAAUCGAAUCGAUUCAGUCAAAACAAGGAGGAUAUUUUUGUAUUAACAAAAAAAAUUGUGGUACAAUCCUAGAAAAUGUACUUAAUACAUUUUUGAUAUGCCUAAAAACUUCACGGUGUGUUCAACUGAAAAAAAAACGAUUUAUAUUUUAUAAAACACAAUACUCACUAAAAACUAUUUGAUCAGUUCAUUAUUUAAUAAUUUCGUCCGUAGAUGCUUUAAUCCAACCCAAUAUAAUUAACAGUAUUUUGUGAAUAGAAAGUCUUUGAUUUAUUGUUUAAUAUACAUAAAUUUAUAUUAAUCAAAAUAUUAUGGAAGGGUUUUUGAUGAAAUAUAUUAUCUCUUCAAGGACUUUCUAUACUAAACAUUCCAAAAUUUUUAACGAUAUUGUAUGUAGAAAUUUUUUUAUUUGCAAGUGUAUAUCCUUUUAUAUAUUAGUCAUAUUUGUUUUAUAAUUAAUUAUUAAUGUUUUAGCAUUUUGUACAUAUUUGUUUGUUAGAAUAUUUAUAAUAUUUAUGUAAAUUGUUAUAAUUAAACCACUAUUUG